AUGGCUUCGGGGGGAUCAACGAGGAGGUGGUGCCCGACGCCGGAGCAGGUGUUGCUGCUGGAGGAGAUGUACCGGAGCGGCGUCCGCACGCCCAACGCCGCCCAGAUCCAGCAAAUCACGGCCCGGCUCUCCUGCUACGGCAGGAUAGAGGGCAAGAACGUGUUCUACUGGUUCCAGAACCACAAGGCCCGGGAGAGGCAGAAGCUCCGGCGAAGGCUCAGCCGCCACUACCACCGCCUCCUCUGCUGCCAGCGCUCCUCCUUCUUCAAUCCACCUCCUUCUCUGAUCACUACCCAUCAUGCGCUGCAACAUUGUCCCACUCUUACUUCGACAUUCCUCAACCAGAUUGAUGAGUGGUGUUGCAGGAGGCAAAUAAUGGAGGGAUGA